AUGGAGGUGAACUGCGAAGGCUCGCGAGACGACGACUGGCGUGAGGAUGGAGCCCCAUUCGGCGUGAACAGCGGGGGCUUUGACUGGAGAGAGUGUGCCCCGUAUUUCGCGUCCAGCGGUCCAUUGCAGCAGUGUCUCGCUGCAUUCGGCAUCUUGUCCGCAACGGCUGUCGCUGCACGCGCUCGAUUUAAUUCCGUCGCUCCAACGAAUCACUUGUGA